CAUAUCCCGCGGCCUCCCAAUUGCUUUUUACUGUAUCGGAGUUGGGUAAGGCAGCAAAAUAAGCUGUACGGAAAGGGGGACCAUCAAAAGAAGAAUGAACAAAAUGUUAGUGUUAUCGUUGGAACACUCUGGGAAGAUUUGCCGGAGGAGAAGAAAGAGAUCUUUCGAGCAGAAGCUCGACGACUCAAGGAGGAACAUAUGCAACGGUAUCCGGGAUACAAAUAUGCCCCG